UCCUCUCUUCCUCACUCUCUAUCUCUUUCCUUCUUUCUUUUUCCUUUUUUUCUUUUUGAAAAAAAGUGAGGAGCCCACUACAGAGGUGUCCUAGAACUGAAUGAGUAGCCCAGGCUGGACUAAAAGAGACACUGAUCAUGCACUCCACCAUUGCUGGUGUAAAGACGUGUGCUGUGUCACUCAGACUCCAGGGUUUGAGAUAGCUCCAGGGUUCACAUAGCUCAGGCUGACUUUGAACUCACUAUGUAGCUAAGGAUGACCUUGAGUUCCUGAUGGUCUAGCCUCUACCUUAGAGAAGCUAUGGCUAUGGAUAGAGGUAGCAUUGCUAGGGUUAGUGUUAGGGUUAGAGGGAGGAUUAUGGAUAGUUUUAGGGUUAUGGUGCUGGUGUUAGGGUUGGUAUGGUUUGGGUUAGAACACUUAAGGUUCAGGUUCAGGUUAUGGUUAUGGUUAGGACCCUUAGGAUGGGUUAUGGUUAGGGUUUGUGUACAGAGGCAGGAUCAUGUGACUAUAAGAGAAGUCAUCUCUGCCUUCUUUAUUAGCACUUACUGUCGAUACAGCUGGCUGUGACUGUGAUGCCCUGAGAGAAGGCACAAUGGGCAUCCCGUCCUGGUUUCCUCAGUGUCCACUAAGUCUCUCUGUCAGCUCCUGGUGACUGCCUUAACUGGUCCUCCCCUUUGGGAGACAUGGGCUGGGGACUGAGAAGGAGAUAAGGUUUGUUUACAGCCAGGCUCCUGGAGUCCAAGGUCCCUCGCAGGUUUCUGCUGAGUCUGUGAUGUUAGGAGCUGGGGUUGGGCUGGGCUGCAGAUGAGGCAGGGAUUGUGGUAGGAACUACAUGUUUAAGGAAGACAGACCACCUGCCCCUCACCUCAGUAGUUACUGGAGCUAGACCUGGGCUCAUGACACCAUGUGGGUUUGGAGCAGUGGCAGGAGUUGACAUAAGUCUUCGGUGUGCAGAUGUGAGCCGCUCCUGAUGCUGAAAACGGAUCCAGUAAAGAUCUGUUGUCUCCUUUCUGUCAUCUUUUAAAAUUUCCAUACAUGGGGGUCCUAGGAUUCUUUCCCUUGGACAGCGAGGGAAGUGGCCAGGGUGGGAUUGCGGUUGGGGUGGUGAGGUGAACCUUCACCUCUUCCCCUUAGAACACCACAUACAGAAGGAACACACACCCUGUUCACACUGCUGGAACUUUCGCUUUCAGUGGCUGAAACUGUAAUCGCUCUGUUGGCUCAAAGGGCGCUGCUUGAAUAGGCAUGACACCACAGCAUUGGUUGUUUUGUUCAAUCUGUCCGCCCGUCUCUCUUUCAUUGUUAACAUCCUUGUCCUUGUCAUUGUUGUUGUCACUGUGCCCUGACCCGUGUGCCAGCCUGUUGUGGUCGUCCUCAUUGUCGUCUUUGUCAUUGUCUCUAGAGUGGCAGUGACAACUUACGUUGUGCCGUACUUGUAGUAUGCUGCUCUAGAAACCAUGAUUCUGGAGAUGUGCAAACCCACUGCUGACUUUGGGAAGAGCCUCUUGGAGCAGGGCUGAGGUGUGAGAAGAAGACUUGGGGUCUGCUGUGUCGCCUUUGCCCUGAGCUGUUCCUGAUGAAGUCACAGCCUUUCAAAGCCGGGAACCAAGAGAAGCAGGUAGGUGGGCAUUGAAGACAACUGGGGCCUGCAGAAGAAGCAGAGAAGCUUAGGUUGAGUGAGUCCCAGCAGGUCACCUUCCUGGUGGGUGAGCAUGAGACAGCUCAGAGAGCCUCUGUUUCCCUUCUCCCUUAGGCUCCCUCCCCACCCCUUCUCCUUCCAAGCAGCAGGUGGUUUGGGAAGAAGCUGUUCUUCAAAGAAGUUUUUGUUCUUUAAAACCCUGUGUACACCCAGCUUGGUCUUUACCAACAGAGACUGUGAGGAUAAACCUGUGUUGUGGGAUGUGUGUGUAUGACGCCUGUCAUGUAAAGUCAUUUCAGGAACCAUGGCUCAGGCUGGGCUGGAACAGAAGUGUAGACAAACUCCACAACCCAGAUCCAGAACAAGGCUUUUGUGAUGGCCAUGUCAGCCUUCUCAGAGAUCUGUGUCUCUGACGCUGCCCGUAAGGGGCUGGUCACAGGUGUGGAGCCAUAGAAUACAGGGUCCAAGGUAUUCCUGAGGAUGGGGCUGGGCCCAGGCUCUAUGUGUUGGGGUCACAGGCAGUAUGUGGCUAAGGGGGAGUUGGAGUCAUGGUGUCUAUACUGGGCUCUCCUCAAGGCCGAGGGACAGGAAGAGCCUAUAUUUCUGUGUAGAGCUUGGUUGCCCUAGAGCUGGGACUGGGUGGGGAAUAAAGUAAUAGCUUCCUCUCAGAUGACUUGACGUCCCCAGCCGCCCAGUCUUCUGCAGGGCUGAGAGCAGCUCAGCUCUGCAGACAUGGGAAUUUACUGCAAGCCCUCUGUGCUCUUCCAGGACUCCUACCUCCUGGUCCUUACACAGCUGCUUUGCUGGGUGACCACAAAGGGUUUCCGGGUCUUUGGUCCCUCAGACCCCGUUGUGGCCGCACCAGGUAGGGAAGCCAUACUUCCCUGCUCCGUGUCUCCAGCCAUGAGUGUGGAGAACAUGGAAGAGCUGAGGUGGUUCCGCACCAGAUUCUCACAAGCAGUAUUUGUCUAUCGGGACCAAGAGGAGCAGAAGGAAGAGCAGAUGAUUGAGUAUUCUUGGCGGACCUCGCUGGUGAAGGAUAAAUUCCAUGAAGGCAAAGCUGCCGUGAGGAUCCAGAAUGUCCAGGAGUCAGAUAGUGGGAUAUACGUCUGCCACUUCAAACAGGGACACUUCCAUGAGGAGGCCAUCUUGGAACUGAAGGUGGCAGCAAUGGGCUCUGUCCCUGAAGUGUACAUCAAAGGUCCAGAAGAUGGUGGAGUGUGUGUUGUGUGCAUGACUUCAGGGUGGUACCCAGAGCCCCAGGUGCAUUGGAGAGACUCCAGAGGUGAGAUUCUCCCAGCAUCCUCAGAGACCCUCCAUGAAGAUGCUGAAGGACUGAUCACCACAGAGACCUCACUGGUGCUGAGAGACAGCUCUGUGAGGAAUGUGACCUGCUCCACCUUCAAUCCCGUCUUGGGUCAGGAGAAAGCCAUGGCCAUGGUCAUCCCAGAGCCCUUCUUCCCUCAGGCCUCUCCCUGGAAGACAGCUUUUCUCGUGAUCCUGACCAUGAUGGGACUUCUAGUCUUGGGGACAAUCUCUCUUUUCGGAUGGGAACGUUUUGUAAGGCUGAAGUUGCAGAAGGAACAGAUCCAUAUUCAUUGUGAGAAGGAUGAGUUACAGACUGAAAAGGAGGAUGCUCUCAGGACUGCUAGUGCACUCAGGGAGGAGCUUGAUCGGAGGAAAGCCGCCUACAAUCGCGCCUGGAGGAAGGCCCAGCUGUAUGCAGAUUGGCGCAAGGAGCACUUCCAGACCUGGACUUUCACUCUGGAUCCAGCCUCUGCCCACCCCACCCUUGUCAUCUCCCAGGAUAGGAUGAGAGUGACCCGGAAGGACACCACUGUGUGCUUGGAUGACCUCUUCAGUGUGCUAGGCACCAAAGGCAUCUCUUCUGGAAGAUAUUACUGGGAGGUCAAGCUGGAAAACAGAGAAGGCAGCAAAUGGAUUCUGGGGGUCUGUAGGGAAGGUGUGGAGAGGAAAGGCUUUUAUUUUGAGAGUCCAGAGAAGGGGUUUUGGACAGUGGGGCAGUCUAGUAGUGGGUAUUGGGCCUAUGUUGACUCUGGGAGGGAUUCCUUAUCCAUCAGGCAAGCUCCAGAGAGUGUGGGGGUGUUUGUGGACUAUGACAAAAGGAACAUCUCCUUCUAUAACAUGAGUGACAUGUCCCACCUUUUCUCCUUCCACGAGGCUUCCUUCUCUGGGACUCUCCUUCCAUACUUCCAGCUUAAGUGUGGAAAUGUCUCGAUGACUGUCAACUCCAUGGCCUGUGUGUCUGAGGGGCAGGAGGGAGAGGAGGGGAGGAAAGGAAGGAAGAGAAGUAGAAAGGGGAGGAAGAGGAGGAAGGGGAGGAGGCCAAAGAAGGGGAAGGGGUUAGCUUUGCUUCCUUUGAAGGAGUCUCUGAGUCCCACAGGGGAGGGCCUGGUUCCAGGCUCUUGUGUUGUGGUCUCUCCCUCAGGGGAAGAAUCUCCAUUCCUCCAGGAUGCCAGGGACACUCUGUUCCCAUAGUGUGGAUCACUGCCUAAGUCGGCAGUGUCACUCCUGUGUCAAGCCGCAGGUCAAAGCCUCCAUGAGUCCUGGAAGGGCCUGGAGUGUUGAGCCACUGCUCUUCAGUCUGACUCUGAGGCUGUGCGUGUGAAGGCAGUGAGGUCAGGCUUUGUGUUGGGUGGUGGAGGACAAGCCCUGACUGUUGUCUCAGCUGGAGCAAAACAGGCUGGUUUGAGCUCUGGGUAAGGCAUUUUCCUGUCAUGUUAAAAGCAAUUUAUUAGAUUUUUGUGCCAUUCGGCAUGAAGCGGACCAAGGGCUGAGUGGACGUUGUUUUAAUUUGUUCAUCUGGCCGUGGGCACCUAGGGGCUAUUCUGUGUCUUGGCUCUUGUGAUCAAUGCUGUAGUGAAUAUGGGGGAGCAGAUGUGUGACACAUGACUUCCUGACUCCUACAUUUGUUCUUGGUGAUGAGAUUGCUGGAUCCUAGAUAGUUCCUGGAAGCGGACCUUCUCAGUAGACAAUGACCUGUCGGUCCAUCCAUCUCCAUGAACCAGGCUUAUCGUAGUAGCAGGUCUGUCUCUGAUUCUUACACAAAUUCUUUCAUUUCUAUAUUUGAAUCUCUUUCUCUUUCUCACAGAAUUACACAUGUAAGUACAAAAGUUAAUUUAUAUUUUUUUAAUGUUGGCUUCAUGUAUUUUAACUUUUUACUGUUUAGACAACUAUUAUUUACCUAUAUCUAUCAAUUGUCUGCCUGUCUGUCUGUCUGUCUUUAAAGAGAUGUCACAUAUCCUAGGCGGGCUUGGAACUUUCUUUGUAGACAAAAGUGUUGGCUUGAAUGAAAGUGUCCCCCAUAGGUACAAGUGUUUGGAUAGUUGGUCUCUGGUUCAUGUAGUGUUGGGGUAAGUUGGGUCCCAUGUCCUAGAUGAAGUGAGUCACUGGGGUGGGCUCUAAACCUUCCACACAGGGCAUCACUCCCAGCCUACCCUCUCUGCUUCCUGCUUCCUGAGUAAGCUCUCGGUUUCCUGCCGCUCCAGGUCUGUGCUUCAGCUCUGUCAUUGUGGAGUCCUGAGCGCAAGCCUCAGUCUGAAAAACAGAACAAGAGCAACGAACAUGCACUGCUUUGUCAACUGAAAUCAUUUCUCUCUUACCUCAGAAUUCAUUAGUAUUUUUUCUUCCCUUUGAGAGUUGAAAAAUUGACUAUAACUCAACUUGUAUCAAACUGUUUUUGUAACUAUUUUGUGCCCUGUGAAUAUUUUUUACAUUGAAUGUGAUUUUACAUUGAAUGCCUAUAUUUCAUGUAAAAAUAUCAAAUCCUACUUUCUGGUAUGUAAAAUUGUCUCAAUUUUUAGAAUCUAUUAAUAAAGUUUUAUAGGAACGUAA